UUUCGAAUUGAGUUCGGCCUUGUGAAGUAGUCGAUAGAAAACGCUGCUCUCGGACUAAAUAAAAAAGUAUCGUGCGAUUUUGUUUAAUUGGCUGUGGGCGUUCGGGCAAUUUUCCUCAAAUAUUCUCAUAAUUCUCAAAUUUAAAUAUUUUCUAUCAAUUUUAUUCUAGUAGCAAUAAAAUACAGCUCAUAUGUUAUUUAAAUAAACACCCAAUCCCCUCAUCAUCACAUCACAAGUGGUUUCCUACAAAAUUUCUGUGCCAAGUCAAUAAAACAACACAAAUAUAAAAGAAUCGAAAUCAAGUGAAGUUUUUAAAAAUGAAAAAUACAUAAAUGUUGUAAAUACAUGGUGCAAAAGUAAAUAAAUAAAAGCUUGAAUAAUUCGUAGUGUAGUUGAGUGUGAAAUUGUCUUAUUGUUUGUUUUAUUUUUAUCGAAAAAAUUGUUUAAAUUAAGAAGAAAAAAAAAAAAGAAAAAUUUGCAGUGCUCACAGUACAGGCGAUUGAAAUUACAGACCCACAUCGUUCAUUACUUGGAUGGACCAACACACGGAGCACAGAAGCAGAUGCUGUAACCACUUUGAUCUUUGAUGACCACCAUCAUCUCGACAUAAAACAGGAUUUGUGUGUUUCUUGGUUCAUUUUCUGUGGAUUAAAAGCGUUUCUUGUUGGGCAUUCACGCAUGCAAUUUUAAGAUUGCUCAGCAAAACACCCACAAGUUUUGAAGGCAACAAAAAUGUUAAACGAAUAAUAUUUAAAAUAUAAAAAUUCGACACUGCCACUUUGGAAUUCGAAUUAACUUUUGCAUUUGAGGUACACUUAAAUAUCCCUCCAAUCUCCACGAAUAUACCUUAAAAUAAAUUUAGGAGAUUCAAAUAAAUAAAAUCAUUCAUUCCGAAUCUAAAAGAGGAUCAUUUAAUGGAAUCAUGAAUACAAAUAUGAUUAAAUUUAUUUACCUAGUGCUGGCACUAGGUCUAUGCACUGCGAUUUGUAGUGUCAAUGCUGAAGUAUUAGAUUCUGAAGAAACUGAAUUAGAAGGUCCCCAUGUUUGCAAGAAAACUGAAAAUUACAAUGUUGAAGUUACAACAACAGAAAUGCAAUCGUUCCAAGAACGCGUAUCGAUUUGGUGUUGGAAUGUACCACCACGUUGUUCGACAUACCGAUUAAAAACUAAAAAAGUCAACAAAACUCAAAACCUAUCCAAAUCUCGAAUUGUUAAGGAUUGUUGUGAUGGCUACACCUUGAACCCAGAAGGUAACAGUUGCAUACCAGUAUGCAAAACAAAAUGUCAACAUGGUUCAUGUGUUGCCCCCGACAAGUGCAAAUGUGAACAUGGUUUUGGUGGACCCUCAUGUGAUAUAAACUGUCCUCCUGGACGUUGGGGUCAAAACUGCGAAAAUGAAUGUCAGUGCAUGAAUAAAGGCACAUGUGAAGCCUACACCGGUGCAUGUGAGUGUGCCAAGGGUUAUGUGGGUACAAAGUGUGAAGAAUUCUGUCCGGCUGAUCGAUAUGGUGCUAAUUGUUUGGAAGAGUGUCGCUGUGAAAAUGGUGGCAGCUGUCACCAUGUAUCUGGUGAAUGCACAUGUGCACCCGGCUACACUGGACCCUUAUGCCAAGAUCAAUGUCCGGAUGGUAAACAUGGUGAUCAAUGUAAACAAGACUGUCGCUGUCAGAAUGAUGGCAGAUGUGAUCCACACAGUGGGGAGUGCCAAUGUACGCCGGGUUGGAUUGGUUUAGUGUGUGCCAAUCGAUGCCCCAAAGGAACGUACGGUCAAAACUGUGAACUGAAUUGUGAGUGCUUUGGUGAUGCAUCGUGUCAUCAUAUCACCGGCAAGUGUGAAUGUCCACCUGGUUUUAUGGGUGAAAAGUGUUUCGACCAAUGUCCAAGCAAUAAAUUUGGUCUUAAUUGCACUGAAGAUUGCACAUGUAUGAACGAUGCCAUUUGCAACCCAGCAAAUGGGACAUGCAACUGCCAGCCAGGAUGGACUGGCUUAGAUUGCAGCAACCGAACUUGUCCCGAUGACAAAUAUGGCCUUGAUUGCAAUGCCACAUGCGAUUGUGAAAUGGAACACACCGAAAUGUGCCAUCCAUGGACUGGAAAAUGUGAUUGUGCCGUCGGAUGGAGUAGCUAUGAGUGCAACCGUCCAUGUACUUAUCUUAAGUAUGGCAAAAAUUGUGAGUUAGCAUGCGAGUGCAAGAACAACGCCAAGUGCUCACCAAUAAAUGGAACCUGUUUGUGUGCCCCCGGCUACAGAGGGCCUAAAUGUGGAGAGACUUGUGAAGAGGGCAAAUACGGACAGGACUGCUCUCAGACCUGUGAUUGCCAGAACGGAGCCAAAUGCUCCCCCGAAACUGGACAAUGCUUCUGCACUCCUGGCUGGAAGAACAUCAAAUGUGAUCGACCCUGCGAAGAGAAUCACUAUGGAAAAGAUUGCCGUGGAGUGUGUGACUGCAAAAAUAACGCAUCUUGUAAUCCAGAAAAUGGAGCGUGUACUUGUGCGGCGGGUUUCACUGGGAAAAAAUGCGAACACAAAUGUGAUUUCGGAACCUUUGGACAUGGCUGUGAACAGAAGUGUGAUUGUGAUUUUAAUAAUACAAUUGCAUGCGAUGCUGUAGAUGGGCGAUGUAUUUGCAAAUCAGAAUGGGGAGGAGUCCAUUGUGAGACCCAAUGUCCACCUGGUUAUUAUGGCGAAAAUUGUGAACAAGCUUGCAGAUGUAUGAAUAAUUCCUCGUGUGAUGCUGAAACUGGCAAAUGUAUCUGCUCCAAGGGUUGGACUGGCGAUGAUUGUUCGAAGCCAUGUCAAAAGGGUUUCUAUGGAGCUGGAUGCAAGGAAAAAUGUCCUGACAUUAUUCAUGGUAACAAAAGUUGUGAUCAUAUAACUGGAGAAUACGUUUGCCGACCUGGGUAUGUAGGUAUGACUUGUGAGCAUCCUUGUCCCUUAGGUUUAUAUGGACCAGGAUGUAGUUUGAAAUGUAAUUGCAAAUACGGAAGUGAAUGUAAUCACAUAAAUGGACAUUGUCAAUGUUUGCCCGGUUGGACUGGUGCAAAUUGCAAUGAAUCUUGUCCGGAGGGUUUCUAUGGUUUGAAUUGUGCUCAUCGGUGUCAAUGUGCAUUUGCUGAAAAAUGCAGGAAAAACGAUGGAUAUUGCAUUUGCCUGCCAGGUUAUACAGGAACAAGAUGUGAUGAAGUAUGUCCCGAAGGAUUCUAUGGAGAACAUUGCAAACACGUAUGUGACUGUCCCAGUCAAAACUUCCAAUGUCACAUUACACAAGGAUGUGUAUGUCGUCGAGGAUAUAAGGGUGAAAAUUGUGAUAUUCCAGCAGCUGAACAGAGAGUUCAAGAAGUUGUUAUUGAAUCUAGUCGUGCCGGUUUGGCUUGGGGUCUUGUGUUGGCAAUUCUAUUUGUUGGAAUUGUUGUUGCAAUUGUGUUCUAUUAUCGUCGUCGUGUAUCAAAUCUUAAAACUGAAAUUGCCCAUGUUCAAUAUAUAACCGAUCCUCAUGGAACUUAUCCCGAUCGUCAUAAUUUCGAUAAUCCAGUUUAUGGAUUUCAAGGUCCCGAUACAAGAUUGCUUAAUAAUUUACGUCCUAAAAUGAAUAAUUUAGAUCGUAGCAAUUCGGAAUAUGGAGAUGAUUCGAAUGCAAGUAGUAGAGCUGCCACUUACUCGGUCAACUAUAAUAGUGAUAUGUUGCAGAAAAAUCUUAAUGCUGAUCUCACAAAUCCUAAUGUUUAUAAUAGUAUUGAAGAUCCACUCAAAGAGGAGCAUGUUUAUGAUGAGAUUAAACAGAAAGAGGGAUAUAAAGAUCCUGUUAAGGAAUAUCGCAAGAAACUAUUCCCCGACGGAAUUGAUAUUUUUCCUCCCCCAGGAGAGUACGACCACUUGGACUAUUCACGGCCCAGUACUUCAUUCAAACCACAUUAUCAUCGCAUGAACGACAACACCAUUUUAAACAUCAAUAGCGACGAAGAGAAACCAAGUAAUUUGAAGGCUAUAUCAGUUCUUUUGGACAAACCAACAGACACUGAUAGUGAAGGGGCUGGUUGUGAUGAGAGCAUUUGUGAUAAUAUGGAUGUAUCAACUGCAUCGGCAAGUUCAUCAAGUAUUUCUCCAAAAAAGUAAAAACUUAGUGUGAAUUUAUUUCAAAAAAAAAAAACAAAAAACAACGAUUUGUGAAGAAAUGGAAAGAAAGGCAUAUCCGUUUUGAAAAACAAAAUUGAAAAAAAAAAUGAGUGAAAGCAACAUAAUUUUUAUAAAGUAUGUCGUUUAAUUGUAGAUUUUAGUGAAUUGUAUACGCGCUAAGAUGCCGAAUACUAAAGUUGAAUUAUGUAGUGUAUGUUUAAAUAUGUUUUUUUAUUGUAUUUUAAUUAUAUAAUAGGUUAGACGGAAAGAGUAGAGCAAAGAGAGUUAUAAUUUAUUUAUGUUUUAUUUUUAGAAAAGAAAAAGUAAACUAUUGUGCUGUAAAAUUUUAAAUAAUUUAAAGUCACAUUUUAAUUUUUUUUUGUUUUAAACUUAUGUCAGAUGUUGUCAAUUGUGUUUUAAAAUUUUACAUUUUCUUAUAUUAUGUUUAUAAAAUUUGUUUGAUAAAAUGAAACAGAUUUUAAAGUUCUAAAAAAAAACUGCACCUCUUAUUUUUUUAUAUAGAUUUUUAAAAUAAAUAAAUCAUUAAAACAUGUUCUCAGAUUUAUACUCGCGUCCGUAUAUCGGAAAAUAAAUACUUAAUCAAUCACCAAGGGUUUUCAGAUUUAGAAAACUGUUUUAUGCAAUAAUCUGUUAAUUUUCAAUUCAACGUUUAGAAAUCAUAUGUAACUGAAAAUUAUAUUAAAAUUGUCUAUUUAUUCAAAAUCUAAAAACAUAUUCUGUAUUAUGUUUUAUUUUUAGUUAAACAAAAAAUGUAUAGAGCCAAAAUCAUUGCAGUUUCAUCUAAAUGUUAUGUUAAUAGUAAAAAGUAAACAAUUUCCGAUUCAUAAAAAGCUGAAAAUCCCAUCAGGAAGUUGUAGAUUAUUCAAUAGAAAAGAAAUUAUCAACGCUUUUUGUUUUUAUCAAAUAUCUGUUUUAUAUAAUUAUUAAAUAUAUAAUACUUUUGUUCCUUUAAUCAAAUAAGUCAAGUAUCCUACAAAAGGUUAAUUAUAUUUUGAAUUUGUUUAAACAAAACACGAGACAGCCAACAGUUUAAGAAAUAGGCAGUUAGCUUGAUAUUUAAAAUUAAGUUAUGCUUCUUCUAGAUAACCUUUCAUUAAAAAAUGAUUCUUAAUUUCGGCGGCAUUCAAAUGAAAACCAUAUUAAAAUUCAAUAAUAAUUAUAAUUUUUUUUCUGCUGAAUCCGUAGUUUAGAGUAUAUAAUAAAGAGGCCAAAAUUGUGUUUAAAUAAGUGAUUUGCUUUGCUCAAGCUAAAAUGAAUGUAAACUAUAUGACUGAAAGAUUGAUUCUUGUUCAAUUAUAACUUUCCGUUGUUUAUAUAAUAAAAACAAAUUUAAAAAACAAUAUACAUGUAUAAGAACCUA